GUGUUCGCGCCGGCGCGCGACGGCGACGACAAACAGCGCGACGCUUUCGACGGCGCGCACGUGGGCGCGCCGGUGGUGAAGGCGUUUCGAGGCGACGACGCGACGCGAUGGACGAUGUGGUACGCGGCGACGAACGCGCGAGGCGACGAUUCGAUCGCGAUCGCGACGUCGGAGGACGGCGUGACGUGGCGGCGAGGGGACUCGGACGCGGUGAUGUACAGGAACGACGUCGACGGGCGGUCGAUCGACGUCGGACGAGUGUUCGGGGCGAACGGCGAGGACUGGUGGACGUUCGACACGAGAGGGACGCAGUUGGGCGACGUGCAGCUGAUCUCGAGCGAUUCCAUCUCGGGAGGGUCGGUGUACUGGAUGUUUUAUCACGGGUACGAUCACGGGGCGGCGGCGGGGGCGGCGGCGGCGACGACGACGACGCGGCCGGGGCUGGCGUUUUCGCAAGACGGCAGGAACUGGGCGCGGUUCGAGGGCGAGCACCACACGGGGGCGGUGUUCGAUCGCGGCGAGGACGGGGCGUGGGACGCGAGGGGUGUGCGCGAUCCAAAGGUUUUGCUCGCGGGACCGAGGGACAUACGGGUGUACUACGCCUCGAUCGACGUGCGCACGGGGAAAUCCGCCGUCGGUUUGGCGCUCACGGCGGACGGGUUCGCGUACAGCAAGCGCGGGUCGGAGGCCAUCUUCGGCCCCGGGCCGAGCGGUUCGUUCGACGACGCCGGCGUGGCGGCGCCGUGCGUCGUCAGGCUCGGUCGGGACGAAUUCAUAAUGUUUUACGAGGCGUACUCGUCGAGCGCGCCGGGCGUCGCGAGCGUCGCCGUGGCGACGUCCCGCGACGGCGUCUCGUGGACUCGCCCGAGCGCGCCCGCGCUCGAGGCCGGCGCCGCGGGCGCGUGGGAUCAAGGAGGCGUCGGCAAACCUUACGCCGUGCCCAUGGCGGGCGAUCGCAUUCGUUUAUACUACGAAGGUCGCGCCGCCGCCGGAGACGAGCGCGGCGCCGGCGUCGGCGUCGCCCUCAGCACCGACGCCGAUCGCUUCGUCUUCGCGCGACGAACCUCGGAUUAA